GUUUUAUCUCCAAACAAAAUGAUAUAAAAUAUAUUUCUUCUAUAUAUGUCCCUAUGUAAAGUAUCAGAAGCACUGCUGCAGAAAAAUCAAUAAUGGAUGGAAGUCUGAAAAAAUCACUAUCUUCAAAUUCCAUGCCUUCUCUCAUUUCUAGGCUUGAUCACUUGGAUUCUAUGAUUAUAUUACAUACACUUGUGAAGAUGAACUACUUGGACGGUAGGAAAUAUUCAUCAGCAAGAUGGGCAAACGAUGGUGCUGUUGUGAAGAAAGAAUGCGUGCCAUUGGACUUGGCUCUCAAGGAGGCUCAAUCUAAAGGUUCAAUUUUAGAGAGGAUUACGUCUCUUGAACAACAAUUAAUCCAGCUAUGCUUGGACAUCGAAUCUGAAGGUGGGUCUCCAUCAAGAAACUCUCAAAGGGAGCAAAAUGCAACUUCUCCCCUUAUAUCAAGAAAAGGAUUCUCCAACUCGUUUUCCAGAUUUAGGCUGUCGCAUCUUAGCCACAAUCAAAAGGGUACAAAGAAUGAAGAGCAUGAUACCAGAUUAGAGCCUAGCAGUGAAGCUUCUCAAAGGAGGAAAAAUAUGAAGACUAAGGAUGAAAAAGCUUCUCCGAAACAAAAGAAAGUAGUCCCUUCUAGUUUGUUACAUUUGAGAUUAUUGGGUUGCUGAACUUUGGCUUUCAUUCAAGCCUUUUUCUUCAAAUAAAUGCUACAAAUAACUGUAAGUAAUUUCAAUAUUUUGUUAGACCUUUCUUUUAAA